AUGUCAGGUAAUAUUGAUCAAAUAGUAGGUAAUGAGAAUUCAUUACAGGUGCCACAGCUGGAUGGGGAGCACAAUAGUCAAUCAUCAGUUGCUUCGUCUAACUUACCAUCCCUUCAUACUCCAUUGAGCAGAACAACUUUGAUGUCUGAUGCAGAGCAUACAGUGAUUAAUAAUCAGAGAUUGCUCAAACGCGAUCUUCAACAACCUUCAGCUGGAGAAUUUAAUCCCGGAUAUUCCACAUGGCCAACGCGCCAAAUUGGUAAUUCCGCUGCUAUAGGCCUUGCUUGUUUCGCAUUAACCGCAUUCAUUGUUGGUUUGUACUUGGCCAAGGCAAUGGGAAUAACAAUUCCGAACGUUGUUGUAGCACCAGCCAUAUUCUACGGAGGCAUUGCUCAGUUUCUCGCUGGGGUUUGCGAGCUCAUCAAAGGGAAUACUUUUGCAGGCACAGCAUUUGUUAGCUAUGGCUCAUUCUGGUUAUCGUUUGGUGCUAUUUACAUCAAUAACUUUGGUAUAGCGCAAGCAUACGAGUCGCACCCCGAGCAAUUUAAUAAUGCCGUGGGUUUUUUCCUCUUGGGAUGGGGAAUUUUUACAUUUAUGUUGUUGUUAGUCGUAUUGAAACUGACAUGGCCGUUCAUCGGUCUCUUCAUCUCGUUGGAUUUUGCAUUUUUCAUGCUAGCAGCAGGAUUCAUGACAGAUAGCUUUAGGGUGCGCAGAGGAGGUGGGAUCUUGAUCGUUAUCAGUGCAAUCUUUGGUUGGUAUAGUUGCUUUUCAGGAGUUUCAACGGUGCACAAUUCCUAUCUCGUGUUACCAACAGGAACUGUGCCCAGGUUACAUAAAAGUAAAAAGAUUCCAGCAUGA